AUGGCUUAGGUAUAGAAAACCCCAAAUUUGGUGUCUCAGAAAAUUAGAAUAUCACAUUAGAUGUUUUUAAAAAGGGUCUGAAAAGUGUCCAGUUCUCCCUUUAGCUGGUGCACCUUUCCAAUCAUACGUCUUCCUUCCACUCAAUUUUCUGUUGAUGCACUUGGAUGCAGAACCUUGUGAACAACUUCCACAGUAUUCUAAUUCUCUGAGACUCUGACUCUUUUGGGUUUUAUAAUCAAUGAUUCAUAAUGAUCAAAAUUACAACAAACAAAGACUUGGAAAACAUCACUCUAUGUGCAGUGAUUCCACAUAAUGUACGAGUUUCACUUUCUGAGAUGACGGGCAGAAAUUAUUGCACAUUUUGUUUUGAGACGCACCUGCAGCUGUGACAGGAAACCUUUGUGAAACAAGUCAGGAGGCGACCACUAGGAGUCCCUUUUUCUCUUGAAGAACAUCUCCUUAGCUGCGAUGCGCUCAGUGUGCAGCUCGGACCCUUUUUCCUGCUCAUUCAUCUUCGAUCACGUCUGAAGAUCGGUCUGUUUCGACUUCAGCAGCAAGCAGCUUCGAGGCAGCGCCGCUCCCCAACGCGAGCUGAGGAUGCUGGCAGCUCUAGCUCUGGCCUCUCUGGGCCUCCUGGCCCGGGCCUCGGACCGCUGCCCGCCCGCCUGUCGCUGCUUUGACAACCGGACCACCGUCGCGUGUCAGGACAAGGGACUGAGGCGGAUCCCUCCGGUGCCAGCAGAAACGCUGAAGCUGUUCAUCUCGUACAACGAGAUUGAGGAAAUACCCGAGCGCGGGCUGGACGAGCUGCAGGUCCUGGACCUGACGCACAACCGGCUGAGUGCCUUCCUGUCGUCCAGGUCGGCGUGGCCCAGCAUGACCAAGCUGUCCAAGCUGCUCCUGCGCGACAACGGCCUGACGGCGCUGCAUCGGGAGCAGUUCCUCGGCUGCCCCGCCCUGCUCACCCUGGAUCUGAGCAAGAACCGGAUCAAACGUCUGACGCCGGGGUCCCUCCACGGGUUGGCUAACCUCAGGGCGCUGUUCCUGAGCCACAACCAGAUCGAAGUGCUGCAGGAGGGCGCGCUGGACGGAGCCGGCGGCCUCGCCGAGCUCCAGCUGAGCUUUAACAGCAUAAGCCAGAUAGAGAGCGGCGUCUUCGCGAGCUCCGCCUCGUUGGAAAAGCUCGUCCUGUCCAACAACAGGAUCACAAAGGUGGGAGAGGCUGGUUUCAGAGGAGCAGCGGGUCUUAGGGAUCUGGACCUGAGUGGUAACCGGCUGGAAGAGGUUCCCUUGGAGGCGCUGAGGGACGUAAACCAGCUCCAACAUCUGAACCUGGAGCUGAACCGCGUGGUCACCCUCCCGGCGGACGGCUUCUCCUCCCUGACGGAGCUGACUGCGCUCAGCUUGACGUGCAACAACCUGACGACUCUGUCGGAGAGAUCCCUCGCCGGUCUGAGGGGUCUGAAAGAUCUGGAUCUCAGCCAGAACCUCCUGUCUUCUCUUCCGCCCGACGUCUUUAAGGACCUGGUGGGCCUUGAGUUCCUGGAUCUGUACAGGAACCUGCUGACAGAACUCCCCCGCGAUGUCUUCAGGAGCUUGGGCAAUCUGACGGACCUGCAGCUGGAUGGCAAUCAGAUCUCAGACCUUCCGCUCGGGGUCUUCGACGCGCUGCACAAUCUGCAAGACCUGCAGCUGUCUCACAACCACAUCCUGGAGCCCCAUCCGGCUCUGUUCGCCAAGCUCGCGUCUCUGCAGAACCUCCAGCUGGCGCACAACGCCUUGACGCACCUUCCCGAGGGCCUUUUUCACGCGCUGCAGUCCCUCAAGGAGCUCCACCUGAGCGGUAACCGCAUCGCGUUCCUCCCCACGUCGGUGUUCAGCGGAUUAUCGAGAGUGACCAAACUGAGCCUCUCCAGCAACCGGCUGUGGUCUCUACAUCCAGACCAGUUCAGGGACCUCUCUGGGUUGAGGGAGUUGAAACUGGACAGAAACCAGAUCGAUAAACUUCCCUCAAACCUGUUCACGGCCCUCGGGAAGCUCGCCACACUGGAUCUGGGCCACAAUAACCUGUCUGAGCUGUCUUUACGUAGCUUCAGAGGGCUGAGCAACCUGAGAGACCUGAGGCUGAGCUUCAAUCCGCUCCAGAGCGUCCAUUACGACGCCUUCCAGGACCUCCGCAACCUUCGCACGCUCCUGCUGCAGAACAACGGCCUGGAGAGCGUGCCGCCCGAGCUCUUCCACCCGCUGCAGAGGCUGAAAGAACUCAACCUGGACGGAAACCGGCUGGUUCACCUGGACCCUGCCGUCUUCCAGCGGCUUAGAGACCUCCAGGAGCUGAGCUUGAAGUCCAACCGGCUCACGUCUUUGGAGGCAGAGACUUUGGAGCCUCUGAAGGAGGCUUAAGAGCAUCCACCUGUCGGACAAUUUGUGGGACUGCAGGUGGCUCAGCGCCUCCUACCUGUGCACCUGGGUCACCGUGCACAGAGAGAAACUUAAAGAUGAGCCCGUCUGCUACCUCACGUCGGCUCUGAGGUCAGGCUCCCGGACCGAGGGCCCUCCGCCCCCGCAGCCGGCCCGCUUCUUCCUGGAUUACUGCGCUGCAGCUGCUGCGCGCUGCUCGCCCUCGCUUCCUCUGGAACUGCUGAGUGUGCUCACACCUUCGCUCAUAGCCGUCGCCCACAGCCACCUUUGAAGUGGUUCACACCUUUUGUCUCGUCGUGCUUCUCCUCACUUUGCUGCGUGUGCAAACAGGUCCACGCUCCGACGCUCUGAGCCGUGCGGUUAUCGCUGCAACUUUAAGAGGACCGACGCAACGUGGCACACACCACGGAGAUUUGUGAAGAGUGUGCUGCAGUAAUAACUGCAAGGCGUCUGAGUUUUUUGUUUUGUUUUGUUUUUUUUUACCCAUUCUUACUCGCAUCACAGCUCCUCCUCAAAACCUGGUUUGAUUAACCAGGUUUUGCAACAGAUUCUCUUUUGGAUUCAGGUUCUUGAGUUUGUGUUAUAGGGCUGGACGAUAUAGAAGAAAAAGAGCAUAUCGAUAAAAUAGAAAUCAUAUCAAU